AUGGCUCAGAUCCUUCUGUCUCUUGUCACCUUUCUACUGUCUGCCUUCAGAGGAAAAGGUACUCACUCAUACUGGAACUAUGCUAUGUUCACCUGGGCCUUCUGCCCCAUCAUGACCCUCAUCAUCACCAUUAUUGAGAUGUUCAAGCUGGACGUCAUACUCAAUCUGUUCUGCAUGGACUGGCCUGACUUCGCCACAGGCAUGGCCAUGUCCUCCACCCUCAUGACCGUCUCUGUCGCCAUCACAUUUGUGAACUUCUACGCCUGCCUGACGUGCUUUUACAGCCUGAUAAUCUGUUUGUUCGCAAUCUUGGCUGGCGUUGUGUACACACUUGAAGUGGUGAAAGACAAAAUCUGUGACAAGAAGAAAGGGAGCUACCUGGCCGCUCUGCCUGGAUUCUUCAAGGUUUUGGAGGCGUUUGUGAGCUGCAUGAUUUUUGUCUCACUGACCGGUUUCAGAGACAAGCCGGCGCUGAUCAUAUGUGUUAUCGCCUACAUCAUUCCUUUCCCCAUCCUCCCUCUAAUCAUAGCCACCAACAUCCUGAAGAAACUGAAGACGUGUUUGCCCUUUAACCUGGACAGAUUUGUGUUUAUAUUCCUGGUGAUUUCAGUUGUGCUUUAUAUUUUUGCUGCUAUUGUGUGGCCUAUUUUUAUGUUCAGGAAUAACCCUCGGCCCAGUGACUGCCCCCCCAGCUACUGUAUCUGGGCCAUACAGUUCAUGGUUGCAUUUUUUACCUACGUCAAUCUUAUUUUGUUUUCAAUCGACCUCGUUUUCACCCUGCUUGGUAUCUGUGGCUUUAAGCGCUCAUAG